AUGCCCAGUGUCGUGAGUAUUUCUGAUAAUUAUAGCUCCGACUCAAACAAUCGUAAACCCUCUGUUAAGACAGCUACGUCGCCAAGUAAUACAUUAACAAAACCCGCAGCUACAAGUAAUUGUGCAACGUUGAAUGUUCCUCCUAUUAUGACCACCAGUAGUGUUUCUGAUUGCUCUACGACAGUUGCAUCAAUUCCCGUGGAUCCAAUAAAGUUCCCGCCGCUUGUGGCUUCAAAACCGAAACUGAUUGACUCCUCGACGUCUCCUCCACCCUGUUCCCUCGCCAUCCCUCCAACCAAACCCCAACCUAAGGGGGCUAGGGAGAUAUCGAAGUCUAGCAAUGGCGGGCGUGGAACUGCAACGAUUAAGAAAUUAUGUGGAGUCAAAAAUGAGUCAUCGCGUAUAGUGUACUUGGAGAACAUCUCGCAAGAUAUUGAGGAUUCAGAUGAGACCACGAAGGAUCUAGUGCUCAAAUAUGCUCAUAACAGAAUCUUAAGAGGUUCUGGACAAAUCUUUUGAUUCUGG